AAAGUUACGCGCAGGCGCGGCAGACCUGGGAGGUCAAACGGGUGUCGUUUUCCAGGUCGGCCAUGGCUGAGGCGUCACGGUGGCACCGAGGCGGUGAGGGGUGAUCCUAGGAAGUGGUGGAGCAGGGCCGAUUUGGCAAUUACACAUACCCUGAUAGUAACUAUGUAGCGCCAUAUCUAUUCAUGUCAGAGAUAGGACUUCCAGCACGUGUAGCCCUCACAGCCUCCCCUUGAGACGGGGUGGACAGGGGUCCCAUUUCACAGACGGAAACUGAAGCCUUGAGUGGAGGUGGCACCCGCCCUUUGCCCGAGGCUCGAGCUGAGAGCUGUUACUUGCUUUACAAAUACCGUCGCUAGGCCCUUCUCCAAAGUCCUUUAUUGGUCUGGGGAGUCGUGACCUUGGUAGAACCCCAGGCCAAGUCCUUUACCCCUCCAGCGGAAUCCAUUCUUCCCAGGAAGCAAUAUAGACGGUAGAGAAAACGAUUGUGAAGAUGAGGAAUUUUUUUUCUUUUUUUCUUUCUUUCUUUCUUUCUUAUUUAUUUAUUUAUUUAUUUGUAUUUUGCUUUUUCACUUUCAGACGGGACUAUUGAGAAAACGUCCAUGUUAUAAAAUUCAUUAGUGUACAGUCAUAAAGCGACUGCCCGCUCACCCCCAUGGGAAUGUUGUAAUUAUUCCUCCUUCAUGAAAGUGAGAAUAAAAAAAAUAACCAGAAGCAAUUGGAGCUUGCCUUCACACAGUGUAUCAGAAUAAAAGUGGAAAACACAGUUCCAUCAUGGUUACUUAUAUACAUUAUAAAUUACAUAAUAAUGUAAAGAAAAAAUUUGUUUUAUGUCUCACAGGGGCUCCGAAACCUAAGCUGCAUUACAGAAAGGAAGUAGAAAUUAGAACCACACUUCAGGAGUUGUCACUCUACUUUAUUUUUUUAAUAAACCUAUGUAUAUUGACUUUUGGCAUGGUAAACCCACAUAUGUAUUACUUAAACAAAGUUAUGUCAUCUCUAUUUUUGGACACUUCUGUGCCUGGUGAUGAAAGAACCAACUUUAAGUCUAUUCGCAGCAUAACUGAUUUUUGGAAGUUUAUGGAAGGACCCCUUUUGGAAGGUCUGUACUGGGAUGCAUGGUACACGAACAAGACUUUGUAUAAUCUAAAGAACAGCAGUCGCAUCUACUAUGAGAACAUACUUUUAGGAGUGCCCAGAGUCCGUCAACUAAGAGUCCGCAACAACACAUGCAAGGUCUAUUCAUCCUUUCAGUCUUUGAUGAGUGAAUGUUAUGACAAAUACACUUCUAGCAAUGAAGACACGUCUGAUUUUGGCCUUAAGCAGGAAACUGAAUGGAAGUACUCUACUCCUAAUAGUAGCUCCCCUUGGCACUGGGGAUUUGUUGGUGUUUACCGAAAUGGGGGAUUUAUUUUCACUUUAUCAAAAUCAAAAUCUGACACAAAAAACAAGUUCAUUAACCUUCAACUCGACAGCUGGAUCACAAGAGGGACCAGAGUUAUUUUCAUUGAUUUUUCAUUAUACAAUGCUAACGUAAACCUGUUUUGCAUCAUCAGAUUGGUGGCAGAAUUCCCUGCAACUGGAGGAAUCAUUACUUCAUGGCAGUUUUACUCUGUGAAGCUCCUCAGAUAUGUUAGCCACUAUGAUUAUAUUAUUGCUUCCUGUGAAAUCACAUUUUGUAUUUUUCUUAUUGUCUUCACAACACAAGAAGCUCAAAAAAUAAGAGAAUUUAAGUCUGCCUAUUUCAAAAGUGUUUGGAACUGGCUAGAAUUACUACUUUUGGUGUUGUGUUUUGUGGCCGUUUCCUUCAACAUAUACUGUAAUAUACAAAUUUUUCUCUUACUUGAAGACCUGUUAAAAAACACUGAAAAAUAUUCAGACUUCUAUUUUCUUGCAUACUGGUACAUUUAUUACAACAAUAUAAUUGCUAUUACCAUCUUUUUUGCAUGGAUAAAGAUAUUCAAAUUCAUAAGCUUUAAUAAGACAAUGUCUCAGCUGUCAACAACCUUGUCCCGCUGUCUCAAAGACAUAGUAGGAUUUGCCAUCAUGUUUUUUAUAAUAUUCUUUGCUUAUGCUCAGUUAGGAUUUCUUGUUUUUGGAUCACAAGUUGACGACUUUUCCACUUUUCAAAAUGCCAUAUUUGCACAAUUCCGAAUUGUUCUUGGAGAUUUUAAUUUUGCUGGUAUUCAGCAAGCCAAUCGUAUCUUGGGGCCCAUUUACUUCAUCACUUUCAUCUUUUUUGUGUUCUUUGUCCUGCUGAACAUGUUCUUGGCAAUUAUUAACGAUACCUAUUCUGAAGUGAAAGCUGAUUAUUCAAUAGGCAGAAGGCCAGAUUUUGAACUUGGUGAAAUGAUUAAAAAGAGUUACAACAAUGCUCUUGAAAAACUUAGACUAAAGAAACCUCAAAAGGAUGAAGACGAUAAAGGUAUGAAAGGCGAUUUGGCUGAGCAAGCCAGAAGAGAAGGCUUUGAUGAAAAUGAGAUUCAAAGUGCAGAGCAGAUGAAAAAGUGGAAAGAGAGGCUUGAGAAAAAGUAUUAUUCUUCAGAAAUUCAAGAUGACUACCAGCCUGUCACGCAACAAGAAUUUCGAGAACUCUUUUUAUAUGCCGUGGAGCUGGAGAAAGAAUUACACUACAUCAGUUUAAAACUAAACCGAGUGAUGAGAAGGAUUUCAGCUCUACAAAAUUAAGACAAGUGCAGUCAUUCUGUAAGAAAAAGGCAACCGAAGAAUUCAAUGUGAAGAUGUUCCUCUCAAUUUUCUUCAGUAAUUAAAAAAAUAAUAAUAAAAGCAAAGUUGGUAACAACAAAAAGCUUGUAUCUCCAAAGUUCUUGAAGUUGAAAGAAUAAAGUACUAGUCUUUUGCUAACAGGAUGUAUCUGUAGUACAAAACAAUGAAGAAAACUGAUGUUUGCUAAAGGUGAAGAGGACAGUCUGUGGUUAAUAUGGAACACCACGCUCCCUAGAGAGGGUCUACUUACCCUCCCAUCAUUCUCUAGUGGCACCACAACCAAGUACAAAGUGAUACUUUCUGAGUGCCUGACAAAAUGAACUCAAGUACCAGCCAAGUACACACGAUGAUUGCUUCAGGGAAUACAACUGAUUUUUAUGAUGUUUCCAAGGAGUAUAUUUUAUAUGGAUUUUGAAGAAUCUUGUUUGCUGAUAAGAACUUCAAGAAGCCUAAGUUUGGCUUUAAUUUUCUUGUACUCCCUGUACUCCUCAAGCACUGGAACACGAUCCUCCUUCUGGGCAUUCCUAGGGAAGAAAAUAAAAUCUGUAAUAUUCUGGAGAUCAUCUGAAAAAUAAAGUCCCAGAACUUGUCCUGAUGUGAGACACAAUGUUACCAAAUGCAAAUUCAAAUAAAAAAACUGCUCUGCAAGAAGAUAGAUUACUGCACUAAUUCCCCACACCCCAUCCCCAAGGAACAAUCCUAAAAUACUUUUUUUGAUGAAUUUCUCUACUGACAGAUUCAAUAAUGCUAUACUUAUCGAUGUUCAUUGCAGAGAACCAGCAGAAGCCAAAUACUUUAGUAAGACACGCGAUGCUAGACUCUGUCAGGUCUGGAAGUGUAUAUCAAGUGCUAGAGGAUUGCAGUCAGUAAUUUCAUACAUUUACUGUACUAUGGCUUCAGUGAAUUGAGAAGUAAAAGAUCUUACCCACAGAAAAAA